AAAUUUAGAACAAUUUCCCUUCUUUUCAAACAUAUUUUUCCUCAGGCCACAAUUUCUUAGACUUGAAACCAGCGAGCGCGGGGCACCAGUGUUGUUUUCGUUCGACGGAGAAUUUCCCGUCACCAGAAAUUCCCAACUCCAUUCGCUGCAAUUGCAAGAGAUGUUCCCGGUGAGUUUGAUUUGAUUUGAGAAGGCUGAGAGAGAAGAAGCUGAGGCAAUGGGAGAAAUGAAUCGAUGGAAGGUGACCUAUACCAAGCACCUCAAGCAGAAGCGUAAAGUUUAUCACGAUGGUUUCUUAGACAUCCACCGUUCCAGCAACAAGACAAUGCUCUACGAUGAGUGCGAGAAGCUGCUCGAAUGCAGGAUCUUAAAGCAAGAUGAAGUAAUUGGCUCUGGCGAAACGCUUAUAUUCAACAGUUACCUUGUUGACAUUGACACUCCUCUGGGAGAUCAUAAGCCAGAGUCUGAUCUGAAUUUCCAACCAGGUGAUGAUAAGAUAUCUGAAAAAUCUGGUGUGCUGCGAGGGAAAAAUUUCCGAAAUAACUCAGUUAGCUUUGCAAGUACAGAGAAGAAUAAAGCUCGGCCGAGUCUCAGCCCUUCACAUAGAAUAAUCAGAGAAUUUAAGAAGAGAAGAUUGAAGUGCUACGGAUCGCCACAAAGUAGUCCAGACACUAGAAAGACAGAGGAGACAGAGUGGCAGGUCCUUUACACCACAAAUAUUACUCAGAAAGCUAAGAAGUUUCAUGAUGGUUUCUUAAAACUUUCUAUUUGUGGAUCCCUCGGGAGGCAGGUUAUGCUCUUUGAUGAAAACAGGAAACUAUUGGAUAGCAGAUUUAUUAAGAAGGAUGAAACGGUAAAAUCUGGAGAAUCAAUAGCCUUUGAUGCUCAUUUGGUAGAAAUUGGAGAAUGUGAAAAGGACCAUAAGCCUCCUAAAAUUCUCUCAAAUCAAGGUAGCAGUUCUGGAGAAGGGGGAACUAGGGUACUGCAUGGACGGAAAAACUGUUUCAGUGAAAAUGAAAUAUCAACCGGGAAAGAAUGGAAUGUUUUGUACACUAGUCAGAUGACUCAAAAGUCCAAGAAAUAUCACAAUGGGAUCAUCAAAGUUUCCUCCUCUGGCUCACACCUUAGGCAGGUUACUUUACUGAAUGAAGAUAGAAGUAUAUUAAGCAGCAAACACUUCAGUUUAUCUAAAAAUGUGAGGAUAGGGGAGAUACUUGAGUUACCAAAAUACUUGGUGGAGAUUGGCGAGGCAUGUGAAAAUGUUAAAGUAGAGCUCGGCAACAGAAAUUUUGAUAUAAGAAAAGACGCAAGUUUUUGCAUUUCUGGUGGAGAUGAAAAGGGAUCGGGCAGAGAGACUAUGAAAAAGUCUUUACGGAAUGCCCAUCAAAUAUUGUCCAUCCUUCAAAGGCCAAGGGCUAGAGUGAUUCUUUCUUCAGGUCAUAUGGAUGAAAAUAUUAGCGUAUCUGUUUCGUCAUAUAACCCUGAACCUUCCCUUGCGGAGGCAUUGCAUCUUUCUAUAGAUGACCAAUCUCAUCAACAACCAAGUGAAGGACAGGACAAGAGGGAAUCAACUAAGAAUGCAGAAAACAACCAAUCCAUUGUUCUAACUCAACGUGAUGACGUGCAAAUGCAGCUCACAACAUUCACUGGUAAUGCCGGAACAUUGACAGAAGAUGUUGAAAUUGGACACUCCAGCCAGCUUCUUCGGUCAGACCAUGAGGAAGCUGAAAUUAUUUCUCUCAGAAACUCAAUUUCUAGGACUCGAACUUCAAGUGACACUGCUGCUUGUAGCCUUGUUAAUGAUGAAGGGAAAAUCUGCGAGGAGAUUACAUAUGAAAGAGAAAUGGAUGCAUGCCCAAGUUUUGAUCUUGGAAUUUGAGUUUGCCAAUUCAUAUUUAAAUAUACGAUGCGACGCUACAGGCUACAGCACAGGCCAGGAAACUACAUUCUAAACUGUUUUCGCCUUAUUUGAAAAUGUCUUCUUUGAAUAUUAUCACAUUAGUGAUACGCCCUACGUCUAUCAAGUAUCAAUUGACUUUAGCAUGCAAAUCCAUUUUUAGGUCUCUAGUUGAUGUGUAGAGAAGUUUUCUCCUUAGAAGUUGCAAAGUUCUUUGCCUUCUGCUCGAGUAUCAUUUUCCGACAUGCCCAUAUAUUUCUCCUAUUCAUAGGCAUAAACAAUAAAAAGGAUUGAUCUCUCAAGUUUGUCCGUGAAUAGAUUUUGGAUUAGACUGAAAAAAGUGUACAAUGUUAUUGUGCUAGGCAUCCCCAGUUGGGGCUAUGGCAGAUGGAUGAAUUUCAUUUCA